UAUUCUUUAGCCAGGGGUUCUACAGGUAAAGAGUCUCGAAAACUGCCGCAGAAAGUCACCAUAAAACUCGUCAUCCACAUUAACAACUUCUUGAACUCCUUCAUUAUACGAUGUUCUCUACGCACCGUCCGAAGAUAUACCGAUCGAGACUCGGGUGCUGCAUUUGUGGUGCAAAAUCAUCCAGCUCCAGGUUCACGUCCUCGGCAAAGUAUGAACAACACUUCGAAGGCUGCUUCGUUGUGAAUGAAAAGCGCCAGGGAGAGAUAUGUAAUGCUUGUGUGUUGUUGGUUAAAAGAUGGAGUAAGCUACCUCAAGGAAGUACGAAGAAUUGGAAGCAUGUUGUUGAUAGUAAAGCUAGUGUCAAAAGAACGGUGCGUCCAAGAAGAGCUUCAAGAAGUUCAACAUUAGAGACUAGAGGCCGUAAAUCUAUUGAUAGGGAUUUGGAUUCAACAAGUGUCAAAAGCGAAGGCAACUCAGUGGACGUCAAUGAUAACAUAGAAGACGAAAUUGACUGUCCAUCYCCUCCGUCAUUAGCAUGUGUUUCUCCAAGCCCUCCCCCUAGUGACACAUCAGAUGAAUCAGGWUCCUAYAAYUCUUCAACCAAGACCACCUCCUCAACUGCAUGUCAAACGUCAUUCUUGUUUCCYGCAUUAAAAUCACCAGCAUCAAACAAGUUGCCAUAUAUAGACCUAUCACUAUGGAGACAGGARGAAAUAUGCUGUGGUAUGAUCUUCAAGGGCCCGUGCGGGGAGGUGUUAGUUGAUCCCAAACUUUUAAAUCCUUUUUGUACAUGUUCUACUAGUCAGCAAAAGGUAAAUGGUUAUAUUGCAUCCACCAAAAACACUUGUAAAAUUCCUGUGUAAACUUAGUGACUUUAGGCUAUCAUGUUUAGCAGUUAUAAGUUUUAUUAUCUUGUGCAAUUGAUAAAAGAAUCACUUUUAUAAUAAGACUUAAAGGCUAAUGCAGGGAGGUCCCUCAUUGAAAUCCUUGAAAAGUGCUACAUUUUCAAAGGGUUUCUUUCAAAGGGCAUUUACCUAAACCCUUGAAAAAAUGAAAAAUUGGAGAAAUGUCCCUGAAAACUAUUUGACAAAAUGUCAAAUUCAGCUCAAUGAAACGUUCAACUGAAACAUGUUAGAAAUCAAUGUCUUGCUGCAGUGUGUCAUACACAAGAGACAUUUCUUUGAAGAAAAUGUUUACAUGAGCUAGCCUUCUUUGUUAGAUCAACAAGAUAGCAGCAAACCCAAAGGUACAUGUACCAAAACUGAAAAAAUACAUGGAAAAGUGAAUGAAAACAGAUAAAAAAAAGAUAUGACUUUUUUUUUUGCAAAAUGUAGAAGUGGAAAACCUACCUAGUACGGGAAUUUUAAAGAUUCAAUGCUGCAUGAAACAAAUCAUUUUGGUCCUUGGGUAGUCCUUUUAAAAAUCCUUGAAUUUAUUAAUGGAUGCCCUGCAUAAACCCUGUUAGAAUCACUGUUUCUUGGUUCUGAAUGGUAAAAUCCAAGCCUUCUCUGAACUUGCAAGAUUCUUCUUUUGAAAUCUAGGGGGAGCAUUUCCAUGAAUUUAAAAAAUAGCAAAUUUAUAUAAUCAAGCAAAAUAUUUAAUACCAAGACUUGAACUUUUCUAAAGACCAUCCUUCUAUGCCCUAUGGACAUUGCAAUGUCUUGUACAGUUAGAAAACUGUAACAUAGAUUGUUGCCAACCUUGUUAUUAAGUAUAAAGAUGUUAAGCAUCUUUGCUGUAAUGAAGGCAGUUUCAUUCUUUACUUUUUACUAAUUACAAACAAACCAAACAGACUUCAUUCUUUGUAAAAAUGACAAAAAAGGACCUCAUCUGUGACAUGAAAACAUCUUAAAAUAAGAUCUGCUUGUCAUGUAGCUUCCAUAUUAUAGGCAUUUUGAUUAAUUAUAUCAAAAAUAKAUAUUUUUACUAGUUAGCAUUAUAAUGAUUUCAAACUAAUAUAUUUUUACUAGAAAGUAAGUAAUAGUACGUACAUGUAUAUAUAGUAUACAAACAAUAGAUAUAGYUCUUGAAAAUCAAGCAAGCUUUCUAUCCGSACUACAGYGGGCAAAAGUAGCCAAUAGAUAUUMAUURYUUUAUGGUUAAUUUAGAAGUCUUAAUGGUCCUCUCAUGACGUCAUGUUAUCAGAUUUGAAAAAAUUGUUUCACAGUAUUAAUUAAAGUAUCAAUAUGAAGGAAAAUGUCCAUGUGAAGUAUAAGAAUUUAGAGAAAACACUUAAAAUAAAAAUAAAUUGGUAUUUAUAUGACGUGGAUCAUAGUCACUCAGCUACGUCCACAACUAAUGAAGUGAUUCACAUUCUUAGAUCUAUGAAUGAUGUAUAUUAAUUGAUUAUGUUAAUUACAUUAUAGAAUUUCUCAAUGAAACAUUUGUGGUCUAGCUUAAGCUCAAACAGCGCUCAUAUUUGGCUGAAUUGACAAAAGUUGUUAGUACCAAAUCUACUAGUAUGAUUCUAUCUUAUUACAUAAGCAAACAGCUGGUGCUAAACUUGUACAAUCAGCCUUUUUUUAUAGAGUGUACACUAACCAAAUAGUGCUGAGUGAUUAAAUACAGUGUCAAUACUCCAAUUUCGAGUUCUGGUUUGCUCUGUGUUAGCCUCAAAACCAAGUCACUUAUUCUUUUUUAUU